AUGGCGAUUCGAGGUGGUGAGAUGGUUUUUACUAGUGAUGAGAGUGAAGGUGAUGAGGAGACCGAACAUGAUGAUGAUGAUAACAUGCCACCACUGGAGGAUUGUGAAGAUCUCCAAUUAAGUGAGCAAUUGUUUGAUAGGAAUGUGGUUAAUUAUGGGCGUACCAAUUCAUAUUCUCUUAUUAUGAAUGGUGUGCGUUAUUCUCUUGCUCCUUUAAGUCCCAAGGAGGUUUAUGAAGAUCAAAAGGAAACAUUAUUUAGUACUAACGACUUUAACCCUUCUCUUCCUAGUGUCUUUAUGAAUCUCUUGCAAAAGUUUGAAGAUGUGUUUCCGGAAGAAUUGCCUAAUGGGUUACCGCCCUUGAGAGGCAUUAAGCAUCAAAUUGAUUUUAAGUGUGAUUUUUGCACAAACAAGCUUGUGUUUCUUAGCUUUGUUGUUAGUGCAAAGGGUAUUGAAGUAGAUGAAGAAAAGGUUAAGGUGAUCAAGGAUUGGCCUACACCGAAGAAUACUAGCGAAGUCAAAAGUAUUGGAGCUGUCCUUAUGCAAGAUGAGAAGCCAAUCGCCUAUUUUAGUGAGAAACUCCAUAGUGCGAGUUUGAAGUAUCCAACAUAUGAUAAGAAACUCUAUGUGCUUGUUAGGGCUUUGGAUGUGUGGAGCCAUUAUUUGCUACCAAAGGAGUUCGUAAUCCACACCAAUCAUGAGUCUUUGAAGCACUUGAAGGGCCAAAACAAGUUGAAUAAGUGUCAUUCCAAGUGGAGUGAAUUCAUUGAGGCGUUUCCUUAA